GAGCACAGAAUAAAGCACAGAAGCUCCUCGAAGUCCUGGAGAAAGGCAGCUUCCCACACCAAGAGGUUUGCCUGCUUAGGCUUCUGCGGAUCCUGUUGCUGACCACAAAGUCCCAAAGAGGCUGAAGUUUCAGGGAAGGAAUGAGAAAAUGGAGUGUCCCCUUGAGGUCUUGAUCCUGGGGCUCAUUGCAACACCGCUGCUUUGGGAAGGAGCGAUACCUGCUAAAGUGCCAGGAUACAGCCUGCAUGCUCCUGCUAAUGUGUCAGUGGAGGAAGGGCUCUGCGUUACUAUCCCCUGCAAUUUCACUUAUAAUCCAUCUGAUGCCAAAAAGGAUGCAACAUUGUAUGGAUUUUGGUAUGACAAAGGAUCCACAACUUACUCGAAUUUUCCAGUGGCCACCAACAGUCAUAAACGUCUAGCAAGCUUUGCUCAGAAUCGCUUUCAUCUCAUUGGCAAUCUGGAAGAAGGAGACUGUUCCCUCCUCAUCUUCAAUGCUCAAAAAACAGAUAGAAGGACCUACUUUUUCAGAAUGGAAAAAGAAACAAGAGCAAACUACAACUUUUAUGACUAUGCUGAGACAUUCCUGAAUGUGACAGAAAGACAAGCACCAGAAAUACAGAUCCAGGGGACGCUGCGUGUGGGAUAUCCAGCAAACAUCACUUGUGCAGCCGUUAGAAGCUGUAGUUGGCAGACUCCAAACAUCACCUGGAAAGGCUUUUCCAAAAACAUCAACUUUCAUUUGUGGCUGAACAGGACCCAUGUUUACAGCUCCGUGCUGAGCUUCUUCCCUUCAGUAGCAGACCACAGCCGGAAUGUCAUCUGCAGGGUCAGCUACACAAAUGGGUCCCAUUCUGUGUCCAAGAAGACACAUGUCCAACUGGAUGUCAACUUCCCACCUCAGACCCCAGGGAUCAGCGGGGAACAUCUUCGCUCAGACAAAAGUUUGAGAAACGUCACAGAAGCUUCCCAGCUCAAGGUAGAAAAGGGGGAUUCCAUCCUGCUAUACUGCAAGGUGAAGGGCAACCCUUUGCCCACUGUGACUUGGGUUAAGGGAUCCCAACUCUUGAGGACACCACUCCAAUCCUAUAAUGUCCUGAAUCUUUCUGAUAUAAAGCUGGAGGAUGUAGGUGAAUACAAGUGCCAGGCAACCAACAUAGAAGGCUCUGCUGAAGCAUCUCUUGAACUCUUUAUGGCACAAGACAUAAAUAAUUGCCUGCUUAACAUAGUGACUGGUGUCCCCAUCAUGCUUGCUGUUGUCGUGCUAAUCAUUGGGGUUAUCCUUGCUUCUAAAAGAUACUGGAGAAAGAGAAGAACAGUAAAGGACCCAGAAAAAGAGACAAAGCAUUCUGCCUUGGCUCCAGGCAACAGCUCACCAAUUUUCGAGAAUCCCAACGCUUUGGACCUUGCUCUACGGAAAAUGAAUCGCAUUCCCCCCAAACCAGAAAGCAUUGAGGAAUCUGCUGACAGAAAUCCCAGAGGCUCUGAAGAAAUACAUUAUGCAAGUCUUACGUUCAGUGCCCCAAAUCCUAUGCCAGAUGCAACUUCAGAAGAAAUCCAGACCGAUUAUGCUGAAAUCAGACUUUGCAGUUCUCAGGAAAAGCAAGGCAUGAAGAUUUAAGGGGAUUCUUCUAUUUUGAUUAGCAGGUACAUCCUAGGAAACUGCCAGCUCCUCUUUGGGUUCCAGCAUCUUGUCUUGUCUCUGUUUCUGUAUCCUCUUUGGAGAUGUGGACUGCCUGUUGUUUUCUCCAACUGUUAAGCUCCGAACAGCACAGCAUGACCAGGGAAGCAAGAGUCACUUGGAAUGGCAUUAAUCAAGUUUAAUAUCAAGAAAUAAAGGGCUAAGAUACAGACCCUUGGAAAGUGAAUAAGUAAAACUCCCACCCUCAUUUAUGAGUGGGGUCUCUGGGAGUUCUUUAGGCCUUCCCCCCUGCCCCCAAUGCAAAACUGAAGGGCUAAAUGCCCCUUUUUUCCUAGAGUAGCCUGGCACUCAAACAUCCCUCUGCUCUUUCUUUCUGAAGUUUGAAAUAUGCCCCCCUCUUUCUCAGCCUCAGUGAGUUCUCUUCUCAAAGUGUUGCUAUCCAACAGUUCACAUUAGGUAGCCAAGCUGAGGAUCAGUGGCCUUCUAUCCACCUUAAAGCUGCUGAGAUGCAGCUGCUUUUAAGGAGCUACAUUCCUGUUUCUGUGCCCUCUGAAGCCCCUUUCAGAGAUUGAAUCCAAAGCACUACCCAGCCCUG